AUUCUGCUGAGGAUGUGGGAGAAGAUGUCCCGAGUCGAGGGUUUCACCACGCAACCACGGAAAGUGGAGGUGGACGACGAGAGACGUUACGGGGUUGUUGUGGACUGCGACUGGUUUUGGAGGGCAUGGCAGAUGGCUAGAUGGUGGCGUGGAGAUGGUGGCCCUCUUCCCCACGCUACCUGCAAUUUUGUCAGCGGAGCAGAAGACAGAUCUCAUGCACGAGAUGCUUCGGCUGGUACUAGGGCCACUCAUGCGGGCAUCAUCAGUCGAGAGUGGGGGAAUCAUGGUCAACGAUCACUUGGGCAGGAAACAGAGGGUCUUUCCACUCCUGAGCAAGUACGUGUGCGACCACACCGAGUCGUGCAUGGUGACAUGCACAUGGGCAGCCACGUCAAAUCAACCUUGCUCUAUGUGCCUCGUGAGCAAGUGGGACCUUGCGGACCUGAACAUUGCAAGCAAGGCACGCACGGUGAAAGGCCAGAAGGACGUGUACGAGCGAUCGCGGGUACCAACCCAAAGAAGCGCAAAAAUGCAAAGUCUGCAUGGUGCACACACUUUGUGAAGUGCGCACUGUGGGAAUGGGCGCACGUCGACAUACCCUGGGGGAACCUGUACGAGGUCAUUGGAAUCUGCAUCAUGCACGUGGUGGACGAGGGGCUUUGGCUGCACACCAUGCGAUGCCUGGUGGCCAAAUUAACCCCCACAGAGCAGCUCCUUCUUCUGAGUCAGUGCGAGGCGGUCAUGGUAGUGACGCCGUCGUCUGUUCUCCGGCAUCCGGACCCUUCGGCCUACUUUGGGACGGUGUCCCAGUACGCCGCAUGGGAGCACAGGGCCAUGAUGCAGAUUGUCCCGCUGGUCGCUCACCUGCCUGGCCACGAGGACAUUGCUCGCGUGGUCGUCCUCUUCAACGAGUGGUACCGGGCGUAUUUCCGCGUGGCAUAUCACACCGAAGCGUCCCUAGAAGAUGCGACGAGAAAGACCCUUGUGCUGAUCGCGGAGCUGAAGCUGGUCUUCCCCAAGCAGAAGUCGCAGUGGCGGCUGCCGAAGGUGCAUCUUCUCCGGCACCUUCCGCAUGCCAUCAGGAUGCAUGGCAUGCCGUCCGAGUACUCUACCAACACCUACGAGGCCAUGCACAAGAGGUGCUGCAAAUGGCCUGCUAGGAACUCGAACUGGCGGGACGUGGGCAGAGACAUUGCGCUUCGCCACGCACGCAACGAGGCAAUCAGGGGCAUGGGUCGGGAAGAGGGCGGAAGGACGUACGAGACCGCCAUGCGCAAGGCGGUGAAGCACAACACCCGGGUGCUGACCCGACAUUCCAGGCGCAUUGUGGUGGGGGAUGCACAGGACCCCGUUUGGGCGGAAUACGGCGGCGCCCUGGGCAUUGUCGUGAUGGAGGGGAUCGCACGGGUGAUGCAGCGUGUGGGGAUCGCUGCUUCAGGCGUGCAGGUGCACACCGCGAUGGCGAUUCCCCCACACGACCGCCUCCUGGGCCGUGGGCCAGGGCACAUGGUGAAGGCCGCGCCGGGUGAGGGGAAGUUCAGCUACGUGUCGAUAGCUGGGGGGGGAGGCGAGUGGUAUGCCCGGUGCCUUAUGCUCCUCCAUUUCAAGAACGACGAGGGCCAGAUUCACAGGCGUGCUGUGGUGGGGUAUUUCGACGAGCACCCCACUCCAUGCCCCGUGACGGGAUGCGUCAGGCUUGUGCCAACUGUGGGGGAGGAUGAGUAUGCCGUUGUCGAGGUUGACUGCAUUCUGUCCCUCGCACACAUUGUCCCAUGCUUCACGGAGCCUCGGUUCUCUUUGGUGAACCGUUUCCUGUUUGAUGAGUGA